AUGAGUUUAACCAAGGCAGAUCCAAAUAAACAAGGAUGGGAAGAAUCUGAAUUUCCUAUUAUAUGUGAAACUUGUUUGGGCGAGAAUCCAUAUGUUCGAAUGACCAAACAAUCCUUCGGUGGAGAGUGCAAGAUCUGCUCAACUCCAUUCACCAUCUUUCGCUGGCAACCGGGCACCAACAUGAGACAUAAAAAGACAGAGAUUUGUCAAACAUGUGCUCGUGUGAAGAAUGUAUGUCAGACGUGUAUUCUAGAUCUACAAUAUGGUUUACCUGUUGAAGUCAGAGACAAGGCCUUGAAUGUGAAAUCAGAAGCACCUAGUACCAACAUCAACCGACAGUACUUUGCCCAAAAUUUAGCUAGAAAGGCUGAGGAUUCAGAGGAACUGUAUAAACCAGACAAGCUGACACCUGAAAAUCGAGACAUGCUGAAUCAAUUAGCUAGAAAGGAACCUUAUUAUAAGCGUAAUCGGGCACAUAUUUGCUCCUUCUUUUUGAAAGGUGAAUGUAAUCGAGGUGACGCCUGUCCUUACAGACAUAGCCAACCAGAGCCUAAUGAAACAAACGCCAAACAGAACUUUAAAGAUCGUUACUAUGGAAUCAAUGAUCCCGUAGCACAAAAAAUGCUCAACCGGUUUCGUCACAGCUUGACUCCACCUGAAGAUAAGGCGGUGACAUCACUGUUUAUUACAGGCGUAGAAGAAGAUAUUUCACAAGAAGACCUAAAAGAAUACUUUCAAGCCUUUGGUGAUAUUAAAUCUGUUGUCGUGGCUCACAAGAAGAAAUGUGCUUUUGUCAACUUUGUGACAAGAAUGUCAGCAGAACUUGCAGCUGCCAAGAUUUCUGAAGAGAGUCUCAAUCUUAAAGAUCGCGCUCUGAAUGUUGUCUGGGCAAAGCCCAAACCACAAGUAGCUAAAGCAAAUCAAUCAUCACAGCAAGCGACACCUUUAAACAAAGCAUAA